AUGCUGUCCGCCGAGGAGAAGAAGCUGAUCCAGAGCGUCUGGGCCAAGACACAGGAAGACUUCGGAGGAGAGGCCCUGUGCAGGAUGUUCGUUUCCUGCCCCCAGACCAAGACCUACUUCCCCCACUUCGACUUGUCACCCGGCUCCGCUCAGGUGAAGGCGCACGGCAAGAAGGUGAUGAACGCCUUGAGCACCGCCGUGAAGAACGUGGACAACCUCAGCCAGGCCCUGUCUGAGCUCAGCAACCUGCACGCCUACAACCUGCGUGUCGACCCCGUCAACUUCAAGCUGCUGUCGCAGAGCUUGCAGGUGGUGCUGGCCGUGCACCUGGGUAAGGAUUACACCCCCGAGGUGCACUCUGCCUUUGACAAGUUCCUGUCUGCCGUGGCCGCCGUGCUGUCCGAGAAGUACAGAUGAGCUGCCACUCGUGCCCGGGUGCCAUCAAUAAAGACCCUUUUGCUGCA